GUACCAUGCGCUGCUCGACGGUCGGCUCCUGGUCCACGAGGUUAAGGCAGCUGACUCCUACGCCACCUACCGUUGUCGGGUCCUGCACACCCUCACUUCCACCACCGCCGCCUCCAACACCGCCAGGAUCAUCGUUCACGACCCGCGAGAGCGACAGGCACCACGGAUGGUCACCAAGUCUGCUACGGUGAAGCUCUCGGACACCAAGCCCCUGGUGCUGCCCUGUGUGGCUCACGCCCACCCGCCUCCACAGUACAGGUGGUGGCAGGAGAGAGGCGGAGAGAAGGUCCCCAUCAACACGCUGUCGACGACGGGCGUGGGCAGGGGCGGCGAGGCGGGCGGCGGCGCCAGGAUCUGGGGCAACGGGGGGGUCCUCUUGCUCGACCCCACCGCCCACGGCACGCCUGAAGAUGCGACCACUUUGGUGUGUGAGGCGUCCAAUGAGGCCGGGCGCGCCACCAUGGAGGUCCGUGUGGAAAGGGCGGCACCGGUCACCGCCCACUUGACGCCCAGGGUGGUGGUGGUGGACGCGGGCGGCGUGGGCGUGCUCAGAUGCCAGGUACCCGGUUCGCACCCCCACGCUAUCACCUGGUACAAGGAUGGUCACGUCCUUACCCCGGCAGGAAGGAUAGCAAUUACAGAGGGCGGAUCAGUGCUGGAGGUGCGGGGCGUGGGGCGGGCAGACGCUGGCAUGUACCAAUGCUUCGUGAAGGGAGAUCACGACACUGUCCAAGACGCCGCCGAACUCAGGCUGGGAG